AUGUUUAUUUGUUGUAAAACGAAGAAUAAAAGAGCCAAGUACAAUACCCAUUUAUUAAUUUUAUUUAGACAAGCUACCCUUAACGAUUCAGAGGUGAGAUCUUUCAGUAAAGAAAAUCAUUAAGAUGAAAAGGCUUAAAACCCAGACCAGGAUCAAAUUUUAAAGCAGAACUCAAAUGAAGCUAACCAAACUGAAGAUAGUCAUAAAGAAAUUUUAAACGUUGUAAACCAAAUUAAAGCCUAUCGAGAAUUAGGAUAGGUCAAAGAAAGGUAUUCUCUUACAUAUAGGCAGUGUCGUUUUAGAGAAAUUGUUUGUGAAUGGCUUACUCGCAGAAGAUCUGCCUAUUGUUUAUUUUAUUGAAUAUCGUUGGGCUGUUCAGUAUACUGGAUUUCUGGGAGGAAUGAAGAAAGCUAUACCAAAGGAAAUAAACAAUAACAAAAUAUUGACCGAUGAUCACAGGACACAGGAUACGAUACAUAUUACAAUAGACAACGAUCCACAAUUACUUCCUGGAAUUCAACCAGAAAGGCAUUACUCACUUAUAAAUGAAAGAGCUUGGAAGUUUGUACAUUUACUUUACGGGGGUGGACCCACAAUAACUAUAGAUUUAGAUAAUGCAAAAUUUGAGUCUCCGUAAAAUGAAAUUUAAGAAUCACAUAGAGUUAAUGAUAAAGAAUGCUUAGAAGUCCAGCCAAUCGAUAAGACAGGCAAUGAGCCUAACGGUAUGCUACCUCUUCAAAUUGGAACCUAGCUAGAACUUCUAAACGAUGGGGCGACUCAUGUAACUGCUACAACAAUUCUACCAAUAAGGCAAUCAAGAGACCCUCUUGUUGAUUUUAAACUAUCAAGCAACAACAUUGACGAUAUCGAUAAAACUGCAUCAGGUAACCUCCUUGAUUGGAACCUAACUGGAUAAACGAAAAAAAUUAAAAUUUUUUCAAAGGUUCCAACGGAAUUGCCGAUCAUAGGUUUUCAUAAUCCAAAGUAUAAUUGCUACAUGAAUGCUGCUCUACAAUGUUUGUUAAGUAUUCCCAAAUUUAUUCGUAAAAUUCUAAAGAUCCAAAAAUAAUAAAAUAACCAAUUUACUUCAGCCUGUUAAGAUCUGAUUAGAUUAAUUUAAGGAACUAUUCCUGGAUAGUCCAUAAAUUUGGAUCUACUGUCAUUUAUUUGCCAAUAGAAAUUUAAACCUACUUAAUAGUAAGAUUCACAUGAAUUUCUAUUAUUUAUUUUAUCACAAAUUUAAGAGGAAUUGAUUGGUAAGAAAAAUUCUGAAAAGUAAGAAAAUGUAUCUGCAACAGAGGCAUGGGACACCUAUAUUGGGAGAAAUCCAGAUGUUGUAACCGAGCUAUUUGCUGGACAAAUUUCAAAUAAAAAUUACUGUCUCAAAUGUAAAAAAACAUGUGAAGUUUAUGAUCCUAUCCUGGAUCUUAACUUACCCAUAUAAAAUACUCCUGGAUUAUAAGAAAUCAAAUUAAUCGAUUGUAUGAAGAAUUAUUUUCGAGAGGAACAAAUUUUCAAUGAUUGGUAAUGCAAUCUUUGCCAAUAUAAAAACAAAUUUCUCUUAAGAUAACUUCAAAUUACUCACAAACCCUAGUUUCUUAUUAUUCAUCUGAAAAGAUUUGCUUAAGUUCCAAGGAAUCAAAAGAUUUAAAAUGAGAUAUCAUAUCCAGAAAUCUUAAAUAUUAAGGAGUAAUUCUAUUUUAUAAUUGUAGGUUUUGCACUGAAAAUGUUGUUAAUCCUGAGUAUAAACUAAAGGGUCUAGUCUCACAUUAAGGACAAAUAAAUAGCGGUCAUUAUAAGGCUUAUACUAAAAGAUAAAAUGAAUGGUAUGAAUUUGAUGACGAUGUUGUUACCAUCGACAAAAAAAGUAGGCAUUUAACUGAUAAAGGAGCAUACAUAAUCUUUUAUGAAGCAAUCUGA